ACUGCCGAGCUCUGUGCUUGGGGGAACGCCGAGGUGGGGCGAGGCGGGGCGACUGUCAGCUGACUAAAGAGCCGAUUGCCUCGCGGGACAACGGUCAGCGACGCAGGUUGUGGUGGGAACGGAAGAGCUCUCCCGGCGGGUCUCUGUGCAGUCGGUGAGGCAGAGGGCCGCCGCAGCACCAUGGCGACCACCGUCAGCACGCAGCGCGGGCCGGGCAGAACCUGGGCAAGAGGUUGUGCUCCCCAGCUGGCUACUAGGCCUAUGUCUCUGGGUCCUUGAGAAUGUCUGCUUUGGAUUCUGAGGUAUACAUUGGUGAGCUCCCCCAGGACUUUCUCCGUAUAACGCCCACACAGCAGCAGCAGCAGAUACAGCUGGAUGCCCAGGCAGCCCAGCAGCUGCAGUAUGGAGGAGCAGUUGGCACUGUGGGUCGUCUCAGCAUCACUGUAGUACAGGCCAAAUUGGCAAAGAAUUAUGGCAUGACUCGUAUGGACCCUUACUGCCGCCUGCGUCUGGGCUAUGCUGUUUAUGAAACUCCCACAGCACACAAUGGCGCCAAGAACCCUCGAUGGAACAAGGUUAUUCAGUGCACAGUGCCCCCAGGUGUGGACUCGUUCUACCUUGAGAUCUUCGAUGAGCGAGCCUUCUCCAUGGACGACCGCAUAGCUUGGACCCACAUCACUAUCCCCGAGUCCCUGAAGCAGGGCCAAGUGGAGGACGAGUGGUAUAGCCUGAGUGGGAGGCAGGGCGACGACAAGGAGGGCAUGAUUAACCUGGUCAUGUCCUAUACGUCCCUUCCAGCUGCCAUGAUGAUGCCGCCUCAGCCUGUGGUUCUGAUGCCAACUGUGUACCAGCAGGGUGUUGGCUAUGUGCCCAUUGCAGGGAUGCCUGCUGUCUGCAGCCCUGGCAUGGUGCCUAUGGCUAUGCCCCCACCAGCUGUGGCUCCUCAGCCCCGCUGUAAUGAGGAGGACCUCAAGGCUAUCCAGGACAUGUUUCCCAACAUGGACAGGGAAGUAAUCCGUUCUGUGCUUGAAGCCCAAAGAGGGAACAAAGAUGCUGCCAUCAACUCCUUACUGCAAAUGGGCGAAGAGUCCUAGACCCACCUGUGGCCCUUGGCUUCACAGCACUGACCCUUGGACUUGUCCACCCGGGGCUCCCCAGGGUCACCAUCCCCACAAGAUUCCAAUGAAAGACCAUCCACAUACCCUUUCCUUGGACAUCUGCGCCGCCCCUUCCCACAUAUUUUGGGGAUGCAUGUGGAUUUUCGGUUCUAGGCAGGCAGUCCUCUUCAAUGUUGCUGGGGGACAGGGUUGGGGGACAGUUCUCUCCCUGUCUCUAGCUGGGUGAUGGUGGCAUGGCCCUGUUAUUGCACAGACCAGUCGUCCUGUUUGGGGACCUGCAUCUCCUGUCCUCACCCUAUUCUGGAAAGCAUUCUUAUAGAAAGCAAGCUGCCUCUGCCAGGAUAGAGGUGAUUGUACAGCGUCCUUCUGAGUUGAUGGAUGGCAUGGAGUUACUCAGCCCAGCUGGGAUGGUUGUUGACGGUGCACUGAGUUCAUGUGCACUUACUUACAGGUUAUUUUUAGAACUUUCAAGCUAAAACCUCCUUCCCUCCUCUGAUGUUGUAUGUGAACCUGGGCCCCUCAGCUAGUCCUGGGCCAGGAGAUAUGCUUCCCAGCCAUAUCCAGCAGGUCUCUAACCUCCUGUCUUGCUUACCUGCCACUGUCUGGCUAGGCUUCAGCCACAGAAAUCCAUCUUGGAAACAGAAGGUAUCCAGACUUGGUGCUUGGCUAGCAAGGCCCCACCUUGGCCCUUACUGCUGAAGGCUGCUUUCCACCUCUUCUUUAGUCCAGCAUUGUGGGUCUUACUCCAGGGGCUGUUCUUGUUGAUAGACCUUCAUCACAGAGUUCAGAGUCAAGUGAAGGAGAUGGGCGGGUGUGGCACUGCGUGCUUACUACUAAAAUUCAAGCAUCGUGACACUACUGACCUGCAGUACACUCUAUGGACCCACACUGUAGAUUGGCUUGAGUAAUAAAAAUCCAUGCUUAAAUUAAACCUUCAUGGAGGUAGAGGUGCCUGUACCUGACCAGUGGAUAUUGUGCAUUGUAUUUUGAGUUACAAACCUAUGAGCCCAUGGCCUGGCUAUAGACCUGUUUAGGGGAAAGAUGGGUGGCACCUUGUCCUAAGAUUCAGACCUUGAAAGCUUUCUCAGAAUCGAUCCACUGUACAGGUACUGUUAAGAAGCUAUCACACAUUGUCACGUGUUUAUGGUGUUACAGUUUUGCCUUACAUUGCAGUUGCUUUUUGUUUUUCUGAGAAUUUGCACACCCAGUGUUUGAAUAUGUGAUGCACCAAUAUGGGCGUGAAGGUGACUCCUAGCAGUUUGGACUAUUGAAAUACAAAAACUAGUACUUCAGUUUUGAUCUUUGCCUCCUAAAAAAGCAGUGAGAUAUACUACUUUCUGUUAUCCGUGGGGUGCUUUUUGUCAGAUGUAUUGUUCAUAAGUAUUUAUUUUUGUAAGCCUAAAGGCAGUAUGUGGUGACGGUGAGCAUGGGAUGGUGGUAACAAGCACUUUUCUGUAGUUGUAGCUCUUUAAACCUUUUAACUGCAAAACAGAGAAGAAAGACCAAUGUUUGUUAAAUAGAUUCAACCACUCACUUUAACACAACCAGGCACUGGAAGUCUCCAUUCUAGACCGUUGUGUGGCCUUGUUCUGGGUAAGCAGAUGCCCUCUUAUAGGGUGGAUGAGUCAAGCAGGCAGGACCUCCUCAAGUGGUCUGCUUAGUGUCACCAGCAGACUCGAGACACUGCAGAGCAGGGACCUCAGUACCUGUCUCUAGGUCUCAGUGUGGCUGUGCGCAUCAGCCUCUGCCUUAGGAGGUGUGGUCUGAGCACAGGGCCACUUUGCUCUUGUGAGGCUCUGUAGGGAGCCCCUGAGCAGCCCCCACAGCACUCAGAGGCAGCAUUCACUAACUUGUGCUUGCUCGAAUGAGGAAGAGGGAUGGUUUUAAGACAGAUUUAAGACUUGAGCUAAACACAGACUCUUCCCUUGGUCAUGAACAUUUUAUUUUUUUAAUAGAUUAAAGGAAGAUCACGUUUUAUAAGGCCUGAGUGAUAUCCCACUCUCCUAGGUUUUAUGCUAUUUUGUCUUGGAAUUUCAUGUCAGUACCCAUGUAGUACAAGGAAAGAGGCAGUGCUUGUCGGCGCCUGUGUAGGGACUAAGGCAUCAGAGCAUGGCUUGCUUGGCCUUCCAUCGCAUCCUGAAUCUUCUCAAGGUGAGAAGUCACCCCUGGAAGGAGCUCAAAGGCAGAGGCCACAGCAGAGACAGACAAGCUUCUGCGUGGGGACCAGGCUCUUUCUGGGUAUCAUUGCUGCUCUUGCCAAGUUUGAAGAUUGAUGUUGGUAGCAAAAUUUCACAAGGUGUUCAUUGGAGGCCCUGCCCUCAAGGUGUUCACUGGGGCCCCUGCCCUCAGGCCAACUCCAGGGUAGGUAGGUAUGGGUCUAGGGAUGGCCUGCGCUGUUCUCUUCUCUGCACAUGUUGGUUGGCUGAAGUUGUAACCUGCUGCACAUUUGUGGUCUGACAUGGCCAGUGGCUUUCAUCUCACCUGUGAGUAACGCCUGCCCAAUUGACAGAAGUGUGGUGCGAUGGGCUCUGCCCUCGCCCUCCCAGGCCACUCUUUACAGACACUGGCAUCAUCCGACACACUGUCUAGAGGUUGGUGGGAAUAGUUCUCAGAACCCUGUCUGUGGUUAUUUUGGGGAUGGGGGUCCAUGUCCAGAUUUUUCUUUGAUUAUAUGAUAUAUUUUUACUUUCAGCCUUCUAAUUUAAUAAGUGGUCUAUAUAAAAUAGAAAAAUAAAGCCCUCUGAGGAAAUGUUUA